UCAAAUCGCGAGGCGAGUGAGAAAUGUACACGUCAGUUUAAUAGCAUAUUUAUUACAAGAAAACCACAGGAAAUCCUUUAAUUAGUGUUUAAAUAGUUAAUGCUAGUGAAGUGACUUAAGUUAAACGAGUUUUGGGUGUUUUUAUAUGUUCCUGUAGACGGUCCUGAUCGUUCGCAUGUUUGGGUUGUGACAAAAUGAGAAGUGAUAAGAAUGUGGUUUUUGAAUGUCUGGCGGUGAUUUUAUUGCUGCCUCUCGGCAUGUGUACCGUACAGCCGCCGAUACUUAACCCUGGCCUUUUGACGCCGUCUAGGAGCCUUGGCGAUUGUCAGGCGUGUAAGUUGUUCGUGGAGUCAUUUAAGGCAGGUCUAGAUCGUACUGCCAGAGGGAAAUAUGAAGGUGGCGACGCGGCAUGGGAGGAGGAGAAGCUGAAAAAGUCGUACAAACGAAGCGAGAUGCGGCUUAUUGACAUCCAAGAUGGUAUUUGCAGGGAGAGCAAGCACUCUGUCCAGUGUCACAGCAUGGCGGAAAAAUCCGAGGAGUUUAUAGAAGCCUGGUGGGCACAGAACCCAGAUGAAUCCGAGGAUCUGUACACUUAUAUUUGCAUAGAUAAGUUGGAAGUUUGUUGCCCCACACAUCAUUAUGGUAAAGAUUGCAGACCAUGUCCCGGUGACCAUACUAACCUUUGUAGUGGGAACGGGAAAUGCCGUGGUGAUGGUACAAGGAAGGGUAAUGGUACCUGCCUGUGUGAUGGAGGGUACACUGGAGAGAAAUGUGACCAAUGUAUAACUGGAUUCUACCUAUCACACAAAGAUGACAAGAUGUUGUGUUCUCCGUGUCACAAAUCAUGUAUGGGUGGAUGUCGAGGAGGCUCUCAGAAGGACUGCGUGGCUUGCAGGCCAGGUUUUAUAUUUGAUUCUGACGAAGGUUGUCUAGAUAUAGACGAAUGUAAUGAUAAAAAUAGAUGCUCAAGAAACCAAUUCUGCCUUAAUUCCCUCGGGUCAUAUGCCUGUGUUGCCUGUGAUAAAUCUUGCGAUGGCUGUCACGGUGAUGGUCCAGAUUUGUGUAGAAAAUGUGCUAAAGGAUAUUCCAAGAAAGGCGAAUUCUGUAUUUCUCUCAGAGAAGACGAAGACUCAUCAGAUCAACUGACAACGACCAGAGAGGAGCUGUAAUAUAAAAGUGUGGCUGUUAGGAAUAAAUAAUGAGAUGUUUAGGUACAUGACCUAUGUGGGGUUACUCAUUGCAACUGGCAUUCUGCUUCCCAAGUCGACGUCUUUGGGCAGUUUCGUUGGAGCCCUGGUGUUGUCCUACAUAGUUGGCGCGGAGUACUACUGCAUGAUAAAUGGACACCA